AUGCACAUUGAAUUGUUUCUUUGCCCAGGCAUUCAUCAACCAUGCAUCGAAUUGAAUGGAGAAAUGGUUAGCCCAAAAGAAUUCACCGUUCGCGCUAACAAAGAUAAGCAAAAAGAUUGGAAAGGAAGCAUUCGGAUAGGGAAAAGUAAUUUGAGAACCCUUAUGGAACUGAGAACAUUCGACUUUUUUAAUCACUCACAUUAUUGUUCGGCGAAAUGUCAGAGUCGAAAUUAUAUUACACCGAAGAGUGAACGGGUCAAUCACGAGGGAAAUGAACGGGAAUUUCGCAGAAGCAGUAUUAAAUCCCUUGAUCACUUUAUCGGUAUUCAUCCACCACAAACGCCCACGAAUUUCGCUUUAAUCAAACCGGAUCCCGAAUCUCUAUCGCAUUUGGUUCAAAUGUCAACCGUUUUGAAUAACAACAACGGAUUACCGCCAAUGAUCAUCCACAAUCACAAUGAAACUCUAUUGGAGCCAAGAUUGCCGACUAAUGAGGAGAUUUUACAUCGAUUACCGCCAACACCAGACAAUGUGGGCCGGAUCAUGCAUUCUGAUGCGACAACGUUUUGGUCACAAAUGCAACAAGUGGGCCUGCUCGAUGACAUUGUUGACACGAUGUUGGCCGAGGUGGACACAGUGAGGAAUGAGACGCGAGUCCACAAUAUUACUCCAAGAGUUUGUGGCACUCUGUCAAGGCUGUGUUCUGCUCUCGAUCUAACAGCAAAUGUGGCAGCAAGACUCCGAUCGAGACAUACACCGAUAAAUGCUAAUGUAUUACCGCCACCAGAAAUCACGCAUAUUGGUGAGCGGAAACGAAGUCUUGAUGAAGGGCUCAUGGUGAGGCCGUUGGCUAAUCAAAUGAUACCUGAACUGAAACGACCAAGAACACACUAUCCACCCGUCAUUCAAUCACCAUUGAUUGAGGCUUUGCUGAAGGUUCAAACCACCUAUCAACUCCACCAAACCCCCUUCGCCAAUAUGGACCUUUUGCUGAAGUUCGCCUCUCAACCACCGCAAUUGAACAUCGGCGGCGACGCUGGAUCGGCUGGACUUCCGCAGAGCACCACAAUCGGUUUCCCCAAUCCCAGCGCUCUCCCCACUGGCCUUGCGCAAUUGCCCACGACACUCACCGCGACGAUAAAUCACUCACAAAUUCGUCACCCAAUUGCCCAACCGGGUCUCCCAACCGCCACAAUACCCUCUCAGCCAGCCGCCACGGCUACCCCAAUUGCCGAUACUUUGCUAAAAAUACAG